CGAUCAAGCACCACAUGCGCAGAAGGUCGGGGUCUGUGUCAUAAACCUCAGACACGAGAACUGUGUUAAAGGUGUCUUCGCUUUCUCUGCUCUGUUAAUGUGGUUAGAUAGGAUCCUGCACAGUGGGGAGGGACUCGUCCAUAACAUCAGCGGAAUAGCCACGUGUACAGCCUCAGGACUAAGAGAACAACCAUCCGAACAAGGAGCCGUGGAUACUGUCUGUUUACAUACCAUGCAUAUCAGCUAGGGCAUAGCUAAGAACAAGCACAGCAAUACCUGGCCUACGCGCCUGACGCCAUUUGGGACACGUUAAACAGAUCAAUCCGCUGGUCCUGGUUGCUGUGCUGUGCUUUAUCAACUCUUUUAAGAUCUUCAUUCAAGUUCCCCCUAAUUCCUCUUUGUUCCCGGUUCCUCCAGCCUGUCCUGGAAGCACACUGCUUUAAGGCAGUACACAGUGAUCAGAAUAUAGUAGAGCAACAAUGAUCUUAGGAAAAGCACUGCUUAUCAAGCUGGGCUCAGUGUACCUGGCCCUGCUGUUAAUCUUUCUGAUGAUGGACGUCAACGCAAGGCCAGCCAAUAUGUCGGCUCAUAAAGACAAAUCCCCCAACAGCAAGGAGGAGAAUGAGAUCCUGCCUCCGGACCACUUGAAUGGGCUGAAGAUGGAGAUGGACGGGCACCUCAAUAAAGAUUUCCACCAGGAAGUCUUUCUUGGUAAAGAGUUGGAGGAAUUUGAAGAGGAUUCAGAGCCCAGGAGAAACAGGAAGAAACUGAAAGACAUUUUCUCCAAGGUGGAUAUCAAUAAGGAUAAGAGUGUCAGUGCUAAGGAGAUGCAGCGAUGGAUCAUGGAGAAGACUGAGGAGCAUUUCCAGGAGGCGGUGAAGGAGAACAAACUGAACUUUAGAGCUGUUGACCCUGAUGGUGAUGGCCAUGUUGCCUGGGAUGAAUAUCGGGUGAAGUUUUUGGCGAGCAAAGGAUUCAACGAGAAGGAGGUUGCAGAAAAGAUAAAAAACAACGAAGAGCUGAAAAUUGAUGAAGAAACCCAGGAGGUUCUGGAGAACUUGAAGGACCGCUGGUUUCAGGCAGAUAACCCUCCUGCUGACCAGCUGCUGAACGAGGAGGAGUUCCUGUCAUUCCUGCAUCCCGAGCACAGCCGCGGCAUGCUGAAGUUCAUGGUGAAGGAGAUUGUCCGGGACUUGGAUCAAGAUGGAGACAAAAAAUUGACCCUUUCAGAGUUCAUUUCACUGCCUGUGGGCACAGUGGAGAACCAGCAGGCCCAGGAUAUUGAUGAUGACUGGGUCCGGGAGAGGAGGAAGGAAUUUCAGGAAGUCAUUGAUGCUAACCAUGAUGGGAUUGUCACAGAGGACGAAUUGGAGGAAUACAUGGACCCGAUGAAUGAAUACAAUGCCCUGAACGAAGCAAAGCAAAUGAUUGCAGUUGCUGACGAGAAUCAAAACCAUAACCUGGAGCUGGAGGAGAUCCUGAAAUACAGUGAAUACUUCACUGGGAGCAAGCUGAUGGACUACGCUCGCAACGUGCAUGAGGAGUUCUAACAUCCCUGCAACAUUCACUGCUGGCAUUCCCAAGCACUGUUUAGCUUGCUUUUUGUUAAGGCUUAUAUUGAACAUUUAAUUGCUGCUGCGGUGUGCUCUCGUGUGUAAACUAUAGAAUACAUGGCCCUGUGCUACAUAGAUUUCUUCUUAAUCUUAUCACAGUGGAGCAACACGAUGUGUGGCUAAAUCAGAUGUUUGACAGAGUUAUAAAUCAUUUGUUUCUUUAAACAGUAUUAAGUUAAACAUCAAGCAGAUUUGAGGCUUUAUAUGGGAAUUCUGAACGAUUUAGAAAUACUAAAAGAAACUUAAUAAAACCAAUGACAGAUGUUUCAGGUAGAAAUCUUUGUCAUUGAAUUGAAUGCAUUUCUUUUUGUGUUUCUGCAUCUAGUACUAUGGAGUGUUUAAUGGUCAUGGAUAAUUGGGAAUGAAGCUCUAGUUUAUGAACCCCCUGGAUGAGAGAAUCUUGGUUUCAAAGCUGUUCAGAAGCCACCAGGGGAGAAGGCGGUCCUUGCUUUUUAUUGUUAUUUUACAUCAAUCAAACAUUUCAAAAACAUUCAUGAUUUAAAAAAAAAAAAAAACUUAAGUAAGGCUGAUUCUUGUUUAAUGGCAAAAAAAUGUCUUUAAUAUCUUAUUAAAAAGGUACAGUGCCCCAUGUGGUUUUAAAAAAUAUUUGAACAUGUUCAAACUAAAUCCGCUCGUUUUACUGUAACAAAUACGGUCUUGAAUUUGUAUUGAUAAUUUGUUUCAUCAGUGUACACUAGGUGGCAUAGUUGCUGAUCUGGUGAAGUACUCAAGGUGUAAAGUUAGUAUUUGUAUGCAAUCUAUUCUUAAUGCACAGGAGACUCGCAGUCAGUGGCGACCGAACAGAAUAAAAACGUCCAUUCCUGUUAACAGCCUCUAAUGGCACACAUACGUGCAUGAUAAUAGCAGCUGCAGUGGUAUACAGGUCAUUAACCACUAUAUUUAAACCACUGAUUGAACUUUAUUUCUGCAUUUGAGUAUAUAAGGUUUUAAAGGAGAAGUUGCCAACAUUUUGUUUUACUGUUUGCUCUGAAGUUAUUCAAGGAUUCCACUCUACUGCUUUCUCCAGCACUGGGUUUCUGGUAAAAAGAUCCAUCUUAAACAAACCCCCUCUGUCACUUUCACAGUCUUUGUUGCUGCUGCAUUAUUACUAGGAUUUAGGCUGUUCAGUAUAAGCUGAACCACACGACGAUGCACACAGAGUUUGGGGCCAUUUAAAAAACAAACCGUAUUUCUUUUAUCAGAGAAGAGCAAAUGUAUAUUUUAAAUGGCAAUAAAAGCUGGAAUAAGACAAUACACAGUUAAACAAGUUCCAUAUAUUUUAUAAUAUUUUAAUUGUUUUAGACGGACAGUCUAGUGGUCCCUCCACAAAUCUUGAUAAAAAAUAAAGUGCUUUCAGUGCAACAAAUUUUCAAUUACUACAGGAACAUGCUUUCAUACUUCAUAGUACUGCAUCAUUACAUUAGAAAAUCAAAGACAGUGCUAUCUAUUCAAAUAUUGCACUUUUGUAAUGAAACGUGGGGUUGUUAAAAAGCUAAACACGUAUGCCUUUGUUUCACAUGCAACAGCAGUCUUUGGGUUACCUUGAUUUUUACACAUGCUCUUCAGAAAACAAUUGUUCUUUGUGAUUACCUUCUGUAUUCUGGGCUAUUAAUUUUGUCAAGGGAUAGCUACACACUGUAACUGCCAUUCCAUUGAUUUUUAAUAGUACAAUACUGUAGCUCCGGGGCUCCUUUCUAUAGUCCUCUAGAAUUGCUGUCAACUAGGUCUUUGUGUUGUCCCUCCACUAGCCGUGAGUGUGUAUGAAGCAUGCAGUGUGAGUGUGGGUAGGAUCCCUCCACUGGCUAUGAGUGUGUAUGCAUACAGUGUGGGUGUGGGUAGGAUCUCUCCACUGUCCGUGAGUGUAUGCAUACAGCUUGGGUAGGAUCCCUCCACUAGCCGUGAGUGUGUAUGAAGCAUACAGUGUGGGUGUGGCUAGGAUCCCUCUACUAGCUAGGAGUGUGUAUGCAUACAGCGUGGGUAGGGUCCCUCCACUGGCUAGGAGUGUGUAUGCAAACAGUGUGGGUAGGGUCCCUCCACUGGCUAUGAGUGUGUAUGCAUGCAGUGUGGGUAGGGCCCCUCCACUGGCUAUGAGUGUGUGACAUGCACAGUGUGGGAAUGAGUAGGAUCCUUUUAUCUGUAACAGAGAAAGUUGGAUAAAGCAGUGGAAUAUCCUUAAAAAAUAAAACAAAUGACCUUCAUAAAGCAUAAAGGGACUUUUGUGACUGUGUAUCUGCUUAGAAAAAGGAGGACAAUGUCUAAAAUCUUGUUAGCCUAUCCUUUUAAGUAAACAAUGCUGACUGCAGUUAAAUAUGUACAGUACAUUUGCAAAACCUUUACAUGUAAUAUAUGUGUUUUGGAGGAGUUGUUCAGCAUAUACAAUACACAACAUUAUUACUGCUG